ACUAGCAUUUUGACUUUCAUCAUAGUUAUGUCUUUUGUGGCUGGCUCUCUUGCUGGUGCACUUGUGAUGGGUGGUAUUUACCAUGGGUUCUCAAACUUGGUGCAAACCAGGACUGCCCAGCAUCACGCCGAUAUCCAUGCCCUCUCGGAGCGUAUCGCUAAUGCCUCGACUACAAUUCCCUCUCCUCCGCCCGCAUCGACCCGUAUAAAACAUCAUGCGCUAUUAUCGCUCACUCAGUCCAAGUGGAACAAAGAGGUUGCUGGCUUGUUCGGAACUGCCUGGCGGUGGGAGCAGUGUGCAGUGGAACCAGUCCUUGCGAGCUGUCAUUAA